AUGCAAGCUCAGUAUGUCAUGACCUUGCAGUCUUUCAUUAAUUCACUCAGCCAACAAGCAUCACAAACCAGCCUGAUAGAUGCUCUCUUACAGUCUGAGGCUCUUCAGACCAUAUUUACACAUUGCAAACAAUUUUACCCUGUUGUGUAUGGUAGGAAUGUUGGAAUAUACCUUAGCUGGGAAGCGGCAAUUCAACAAGUGAAUGGAUGGCAAAUACGGAAGUUCAAGAAAACCAAGACAUUUAUUGAGGCCAUUGAGUUCAUGCUCACCAAAGAAAAUGUAUCCAUGCCUGUCCUGCCAACAUUCCUGCCACAUGCUGCAAUGUCUUGUGGGACACCUUCAUGGUCAAAUAUACAUGCUUCAUUGAGGACAACGACGAGCUCAGUGCCAGCUUCAUGCAAGCAGAAACGGAGUGUGACCAAUGCUGCCGAUGCUCUGAGCAUGCUUUCACUCGACAUUGAAGAUGCACGCCAGCCACCCAUCUCACAGCCCACCCAGCCCAAGCUGUGCAUGAUUUAUCGUUAUGUCAGAUCACUUACUGGAAUUGUUGGAGAAGAGUGUGGUCCACCUGACCCCAACAUUCAUGACAGUGAAGACUAUCUUGGCCUGGCUGCAGAGAAGUACCUUGAUGCUCACGGGUACAAGAGCAGCACCAUUUUUCACAUCCUACUUGGAUUCAAGGAGGCAUACUCUUCAUUGGAUUUUGUCAACUACAUCUGCCCAAUACCCUGCGCAAGUUAA